AUGUCUGUGACGGCCGAGGCUGUUGCAGCAGAGCUGCAGGCUCUGAGGAACGAGCUGCUGGAAAGCAGGCGCAGGGAGGACGAGCUGAACAACCGGGUGCAGGCGUUGCAGACCGGUGGGCAUGGGCUUCAGGAGGCGAUGGCUGCACUGGCAGCCGUGCAAAGGGAGACCUUGGAGAGGGCCCGUGCCAGGGAAGAAAAGGUGACCCUUGUGGACAACAAGGGCUUGGCGAAGCCCGACAAGUUCGGGCGCCAUGGAAGCGAAGGAAGCUUUCUACAAUGGAAGGUGCGGCUGGAGACCUUCAUCCUGAGUGUGCACAAGGACCUCGAGCAGCCGCUGGCGUACGCAGAGGACUGCGAUGAGCAGCUUACGGCAACGAAGCUGAAGGCUUUGUUCGGCCCGACCACGCCGGCGGUGGAACACAUACCGGGCCUCGAGGAGAAGGAUGCACAACUGCACGCGGUGUUGCAGACGCUUUGUGAGGGCGAGGCCUUCACGCUGGUGAGGAGCGCCGGCCGGGGAGCCGGGCUUGAGGCGUGGAGGAAGCUCCACCGGCGGUACGACCCGAGUACCGGAGGGCGCCGGCGAGCGCUCUUGAGGUCGGUGCUUGCACCGCAAAAGUGCCAGCGCAUCGAGGACCUCUCUUCUGCGAUAGAGCUUUGGGAGGAGGCGGUGCGCCAGUUUGAGGCACGGCGGCGCCCAGAUGGAACAAGGGCGCAGCUGGAUGAAGAUAUAAAGGUGGCUGUGCUGGAGGCCAUGUGCCCGAGCGACCUGGAGAAACACCUCCAGCUGUCGCGCCACCGGCUGACCACGUACGAGGAGGUCCGGGGCGAGUUGGCCAGCUACUUGGAGACGAGGCUUGGAGCAAAGGUGCAGCUGAGCCUGCCCGGUGCGUCGAAGGACGACCAAGGACCUGCCCCAAUGGACGUCGGUGCCUUUGACAAGGGCAAGGGCAAGAAAGGAAAAGACAAAGGAAAAGGAAAAGGCGGAAAGGCAGCCGGGGGCAAGCAAAAGGAAACCCGCGAGUGCCACAACUGCGGGAAGGUGGGCCACUUGGCGGCGAACUGUUGGGCGCCAAAGAAAGAGAAGAAAGGGAAAGGCGAGCCACACAAGAAGAAGGAAGGAAAAGGAAAGGACAAGAAGGGAAAAGGAAAAGGAGGAAAGAACCUCCACAACGUGGAGGAAGCCGAGCCAGAGGAGGAAAGCGAGGAGCCGGAGGCGAACUUCCUCGCGAUCGCCGGGCUCACCGAGGUCUCGCUUAGCGAAAGCGAGGACGAAGGCCUCCAUGACACGAGUCGGCCUUAUAGGCCGGCCGGUGUCAAGGGGGCCACGGUGAAGCAAGAGCCGGGCGAAAGCAGCCACGAGCCCAAGGCUGCGGAGAGCUUGGAACAGGGACCUGGUGAAGGGGCGAGUGGAGCUUCUAGUUCCGCGGGCCCCGGCCCCGCAAGGGAGCCAAAGGAGGAAAUGAAAGAAGAAGAGGAAGAGAUGAAAGAAGAAGAAGAAGAAAGCAGCGAGAGCAGCAGCAGCUACGUAGAAGUGCUGCUUUACCCGGGCGACCCGGGCUACGACAGCCUGGGGGAAGGCGGCGCCACCGACAGCGACGAGGAGUACAUGGAGGUGUGCGUGGAACCCUGUGGGUACUGCUACUUCGAGGAGUGCGACCAGCGGCACGACGAUGAGUUUCGGCAUGUGUGCCCCACGUGCCGACUUGCCAAAAUGAGCGCGGACCACAAGUCGAAGGUGCUGCUGUGGACCCCCUUGGAGGCUUUUGAGUUUUCGGUGGACAAGACCAUCUGUGUGGUCAAGGGCCUCAGCUUGGAGCAGUUCCGGGAGCUGACAGAGGAGCAAAAGGGGGCCUACAGGGACGCCGUGGACCCGGAGCAGGUGAAGCGCAUCAACCAGGAUGAUGUGCUGAAGGGCCUCUCGCGCUUUCGGGAGGCUGAGAGGAAAAGCUUCUUCAAGAAGGCCGGCCACCCGCAGGAGGACCCGAGUCAGGCCAGUGGCCAGGCCGGGGUCCAGGGUGAGCAGGCCAGUGGGUCUAAGGACCUGCCAGCGCGGCCGAGCGGCGCGGCGUCGGGAACCCUGAUGCACCGGACCAUCGAGAUGCUCGAGAUCACGAACCUGGCGGCCGAGAAGCGGGAGAAGGCGCAGCUGCUAGAAAUGGAAGAGGACCCCGAGGAGGUGCAGCGCCUAGAGACCAGGAUUCGGGAGAUCGACGCGGAGGUGAAGGUGCUGAAGGAGAGGACAAAAGCCGCGGACCGCGAGGCAAGCAAGAAGCCACAGCUCACGGCCGAGACCGUGCUGGACCAGACCUGGCAUGACGCCAGGUACCACAAGGCCGUGGCAGCGGGAGUGAGCCACAGCCAGGCGUGGCACGAGGAAAAGAAGAGAAGGAAGGCUGCCCUACACCGGCAGCAGGGCACGGCGGACCGUGCAAAGGAGCGUUUGGAGAACGAGCGCGCGUGGCAUCGGGAGUUUGACUCCAGACCGGUGAAGGAAGAGGAGUACCACGACGAGGCGGCCCCUGGGUUGGAAACGGAAGCCGUGGAAGAGACAGACCAGGGAAGGCUGCGGGUGCUCACCGGGAGCGCGAGGCAGGUGAAACGCGGAGAGCUGCGCAAAGGUGAGGAGGCUACCUUCGUGGCCUCGGCAAGGACCUACCGGAAGCUCAGCCAGGCGGAGGUGAGCCGCUUCAAGACGGAGACCAAGGAAGACGAGCGGAAGGUCAUGGAACGCAAGCGCGUGGACCUGCAGAAGAAGCGCGUGCGGGAAAUGACCGAGGAAAAGAAGGACGCGAGAAAGAAAAGAGUAAAGGCGGCGAGCCGGAGGAAGGAGGCUUGCCGAGACCUCCUGUGGUUCGGGGAGUGCACCCGAGCGCGGUGCCCUUUUGGGCACGACCCGGAGCUGGUGAAGAAGGCGAAGUUUUCGGUGUGCUCGGAGUUCAGCCGCGGGGUGUGCCAGAGGAAACAGUGCCGCUUCGUGCACGACGAGCUGGAGCGCGAGAAGUACCAGCUGUUGCGGCGGCACCGGCAGAGGCGGCAAGGUGCGAGUGGGACCUCUGGUUCCACCGGCAUCGUGCUGCGCGAGGCGCCGAAGCGGGAGCGCACGAAGGAAGAGCCGUUGGACCUAGCGCACCUUAGUGGGGCGUGUGAGGAGGAAAGCUGGGACGGCUACAAGAAGGUGACGGUGAACUUCGACACGGGGGCGGCCAUUUCGGCCAUACCCGUGGAGGUGGCAAGGGCCGCCACGAAGAAGACCGCGGCAAGCGAGAGGUGCUAUCGCACCGCAAGCGGCGAGGUGAUCGAGGACCAGGGUGGAGCCUUGGUUCAGGGCUACGACGCUGCAGGCGUCGGGCGCAAGAUCGAGGGCCGCGUCACCGACGUACACCGCAUGCUGGCUUCGGGCGCAGCUGUGGGGAAGCACAACCACGUGCUGCUGAUGGGCAGCAAAGGGUACGUGAUGCCCAAAGGCGGCAAGAUCGCCAAGGCGCUGGAGAAGACGUUUCGGGAGACCGCUGAGGCGGGGCACGGCAAGGACGUGCUGGAAAUGGAAGAGCGCCGGGGCAUCUACGUGUUUGACCUGUGGGUCAAGGAGAGCAAGGAGAAGGACUGUGCGACAGUCGGCGCCCUCGGCGAGGGCGCAAGCGAGGAGGCAAACAGCCGGCAGGCGGCAGGGGCGAGCCAGGCCAUUGGCCAGGCCGUCCCCGGUGCGGCAGGAGGUGAAGGUGAAGGUGUGGGGGCGAGUCGGUCCGAUGGACCGGCCGACCCCGAGGGGGAAGGAAGCGGUGAACAGCGAAGGGCACGAGUGCCCCGGGCGCCCACGGCGCCCACGAGAGCUGAAGUGGAAGAGCACGAGGCCACGGGCCACGUGAUCCAUAGAAGCUGGUGUCCCCACUGCGUGCGGGCACGAGGCGACUUGGAGAGACACCCGAGGGUGAAAGAAGAGGACCGCAGUAUCCCCACGAUCUCCUUCGACUACUUCUUCUUUUCGGAGGAGGGACAGCCACACCUACAAGUGAAGGAUGAUUUUACGAAGAUGAUGUGGUCGAGCGCCAUCCCUGCGAAGGGCGCCGACCCGUUUGCGGCAAACUUUGUUGCUGCGUGUGUUGGCGAAACGGGGUAUCGGAAGAUUAUCCUGAAAUCGGACAACGAGGCAUCUUUGAAGGCGCUCAAGGAGCUUGCGAAGCAAAGCAUACAGGGCGUUGAGGUGCUGCCUGAGGAGUCGAAGACUGGAGACUCUAGGGCAAAUGGCCGGGUCGAGGCUUCGGUCAAGGAGACAAAGCGGGAGGACGGCCGCACAGCUUACGAGAGGCUGAAGGGCAAGGCUUGGAGGCUGCCCUGUGUGUGUUUUGGAGAGCGGGUCUGGUUCAGACCGCUGGCUGCGUACGCGAAGAAGCACCUGAGCAAGGGCACGGACCCAAAGGUGCUGGCAGGACACUACGUGGGAACCCAUGCGCGCAACGGCGACGCCUUGGUGAUGACCACGCAGGGAGUUCUAAGGGGUGGCUCUCUCAGGAGGAUGUCGCCCGAGGAACGAUGGAACGACGACGAGUUCGACAAGUUGCAAGGGGUGCCCUGGAAACCCAUGGCAUCCGAGGAGAGCAGGCGCACGGAGGCGCCGGUGAAGGUGGAUCUGCCAGAAAUGGUGGGCCCAACAGAGGUUGCUACGAGGGCCUCUGGAGCAAGGAACCUCUACGUGAUGAGGUCGGACGUGGAAAACGAUCCAACGCCUGGGUGUCCAGGCUGCGAGGCAAUCAUGCUGGAUUUGCCCGCGGUGACUCACAACCAGUUUUGCCGUGGAAGAAUCCAGGAGAAAUUGUCUAAGACGCCAGAGGGGAAGGCGCGCGUGGAACGCGCCAUGAAGCGGAAGAGUGCAGCCAUGGACGGCCGCCCUGACGCACAGGAGAGCGAGACACAGGCCGCUACGGCGCUAGGUGCGCCGGAGGAUGCGGCUGGGAGUGAGAAGCGGAAGCAGGAAGGAGCUGCAGAAGAAGCUGCAGACAAGAAGGGCCGGGUGGAGGCCAAAGGCACUAAGCGGCAAGGGGUGGACCCUGAAGACCUCUACUGGGAGGACCAACUGGAGGAGCCACAGGUUGUGGAGGUCCAGCCUUCCAGCGGGUCUGCCGCUGAAGGGUCUUCGCUCAGCCACUCAGCGUUUUGGAGCCCAGUGGUGCCUGGAGCACCUGCUGGAGGACCGAGUCAGGCCGGUGGCCAGGCCGAAUCCGGGGGAGAGCAGGCACAGCAGGGAGACGAUGCUAUGCCUGAUGCUGGCCUUCUGGAGCUAGCACAGCUGGUCGUGGACGAUCCUGGUGACAGUGAUUUGUGUGAGGUUGCCGGGCUUCUGAAGAGCCUGGGCAAGCGAGGGCCUGAAGAGGCCACUGGGCGACUGGCGGAGGUCCACAACAAGCUGGGACUUGAAGUCGGGUUUUCCUUGGACCUCGAAGCGCCGAAGGAAGGAGGAGAACGGUGGGACCUUAGCAAAGGUCAAGAGGCCGAGUGUUUAAAGGCCAAGCUGUGUACCGAGAAGCCGUUGCUUCUCGUAGGGUCACUUCCUGUGGGACCCUUUUCUCCUGCGGCUACACUGUGCAAGAAGAGUGCCAAGCCGCAAAAGCAACUGGCGGAGGAGGGGAGAGCCCAACUUCGCAACCAGGUGGAGUGUUUUAAGGAGCAGCACGCGAGCGGGCGGUAUUUUCUCUACGAGCACCCGCGCGGCUGCGGUGGCUGGGAAGAGCCAAGUUUUCGGGACCUGCGACUGCACGAAGGGGUGCAGGUGGUGGAAGGUCCUGUGUGCAAGUGGCGCUUGGGCGCCAGCUACGUGAAGCGUGUGACAAGGUGGGUUACCAACUCGGCCAUUUUGGCCGCGAGGUUGAAGGCACAGUGCGUGCAACCGAUGCAGCGGAAUCUGCAGAUCGUUGAGGGUACAGCGUGUGAGCCUGGAAAGUACCCGGCACCCUUGGCGAAGGCCAUCCUUACAGGCCUCAAGGGUGUUCUGUUGGAGACGGGCGAGCUGAGCGCGGUCACUGCGCACACAGCCGGCCCGGUGCCAGACGAGCCAGAGCUCGAGGUGGACUGGUCCCAGUAUGUACCCACGGGUGACAGGGUGUAUUGGGAUACCAUCACGGGCGCACAGCUGGAUGCGGAUCACGUCGAGCGUGCCCGUGCAGAGGAACUGCAAUGGGUGCGGAAACAGGAGGUGUACCGCAAGGUCCGGUUGGAGCAAUGUUAUGAGGACACUGGACGUGCCCCCAUUACGUUGAAAUGGCUCGACCGAAACAAAGGAGACGCAAGCAAUCCCAACUAUCGAAGCAGACUUGUGGUAAGAGAGGUGAAGAAAUCGUCUCGGACGGAUGACUUGCCGGAGCACGAACUUUUCAGUGCUAUGCCGCCCCUGGAGGCACUGAAACUGUUAUGCUCCAUUCUCGUAUCACAGAAAGUGAGUGCACAGGGUAAACCCCUGAAACUCAAACUGUUCGAUAUAUCCCGCGCCCAUUUCUAUGGGCAGAGCAGGCGCAAAGUGUAUACCAACUUGCCCGAGGGCGACGAGCAAGAAGGGUAUUGCGCGUUGCUUCAACGCACCAUGUAUGGGACGCAAGAUGCGUCUUCUGUCUGGCAGGAGACUUACACCAAGCUAAUGGAUGGUCAUGGCAUCAAGAACGGCAGUGCGUGGCCUGCGAUCUUUGGUUGCAGCGAACGUGGCCUGAGGAUGCUAGUCCAUGGCGACGACUUCUUUGUCCUGGGUGACGACGAUGGACAGAAGUUCGUAGAAGGUGUUCUCGCUGAAAAGUUCGAGUAUCGGAUUGAUGGGUGUAUCGGGCCUGAAGCUACCGACGGUACUACCCUGACGGUGCUCAACAGGAUCAUCGAGUACGACAAAGCCACUGGAACGGUGAAGUACGAGGCGGAUCCCAGGCAUGCAGAGAUGGUGGUGAAAAGCCUGGGCCUGGAGACUGCCAAGCCGGUGACUACCCCGGCUGAGAAGCAGACUCUGCAGAGCGUGCUGGCAAGCAUGACGAUGCCCCCGCUACCUCCCGACCAAGCGUCACUCUACAGGUCGGUGGUUAUGCGGGCGUCUUAUCUGUCGCAAGACAGGGCAGAUAUAGCUGAAGCUGUUAAGACCCUGGCGCGGCGGAUGCAGAGUCCAACGGAGUACGAUAUGUCGAGGCUAAAGCGUCUGGGAAGAUAUCUAAAGGGACGGCCCCGCGUCCAGAUUCUUUUCAGGCCGCAGCAGAUGUUUACGAAACUGCGGUGCUACGUGGACUCAGACCAUGCGGGCUGUUUGGUCACGAGAAGGUCUACGAGUGGACUUAUCUUGAUGGCUGGGCGCCACUGCAUCAAGAGUUCAAGCACGCUGCAAAGCACGAUAUCACUCAGCAGUGGAGAAAGCGAAUACUAUGCAAUCGUGAAGGGAGCAGCACUCACACUGAGCAUGGUUGCUCUUCUGGAGCAAUGGGACCUCAAGGUUGAAGCUGUUGUCUCGUCAGACAGCUCGGCCGCACGAGGAACGUGCUCACGAAGGGGCCUCGGGAAACUGAGGCAUGUACAGACUAGGUACUUGUGGGUCCAGGAACGUGUACAGCGGAAGGACAUAAGUAUCGAAGCCGUGGGGACUGCUCACAACGUUGCAGAUGCAUGUACGAAGCCACUGACGGCAGAGGUCAUUGCAAAGCAUAUGGCUUCAAUAGGUCAGGUGUUUUCUGAGGGCAAGAGUGUUGCAGCGAAGGCUGUAUCAUGA